AUGAGUCUCCUCAAAGAACGUAAACCAAAGAAGCCUCACUACAUCCCAAGACCACCAGGAAAGCCAUUUAAGUACAAGUGCUUUCAGUGCCCCUUUACCUGCAAUGAGAAAUCCCAUCUUUUUAACCACAUGAAGUAUGGCCUCUGCAAAAACUCGAUUACUUUAGUAUCAGAGCAAGAUCGCGUUAUUAAGUGUCCAAAGACCAGUUCCUUGGAGCCCAAACAGAUCAAUCAGCUCGAACCUACAGUAAAACCAACUACUUCUAAAUCUGUCACAAAUGGACUGUCAAACCUCGAUUCAAAGCCUCAAUAUCCUUUUGCAAAAGAAGAUGCCAAGGAAAAUGUUGAAUUACAAAACCAGGCAACAAACACAGCAACUCAAGGACAAAAACCUACGAUUCAGAAGGAAUUAACCCCUACCAGUACUACAACAGAAAGCGCUAUCAGCAUGCAGCCCCUUUUGGACAGCAUUGUAAGGCCCUCGGCAUUCGUUCCUGUAGGAGAACACAGAGAUAGUAAAGGCCCAGAAACUAGUGAAGUAGCUGAAAUUAUAUCGCUCUCUAACAAAAGUUCGCCUUUUCACACUAAGUCUGCAUUUCACGCACCAACUCACCCAUGGAAAGCAGGCUCUCCUUUCCUCCCAGAGUUUCCACAUAAAGUUGCUCCCACGAAAGGCUUUGGUUCCAUUUCACCUUACAUGCAACCGAUGAUUCCUGAGUACUCACCCCAUUUUUAUGAGCACAGGCUGGCCAUCUACACACCUUACUUGCUUCCAGGUAAUUCAGAGUGUGAAAGCUCUGCUCUGUCUGUCUAUGGCACACAAGAUCAAAGACACUUUCUUCCCCACCCUGGGCCACUUCCAAAACCCAUAAAUCCGUCAGCUUAUGAACACUAUCGAUUGUUCCAACAAUAUCAUUCUGCUCCUCCGAUACCAUAUGGAUUUUGUAGGCCAACAGAUCCUCCAUUUUACAGAUUUUCACACGUAGCUGGUAUUAACAGAGAUCAAAAUUCUCAUCUAAUGGAAGAAACUACCUUGCUGUAUCCAGCUUCUUUAAGCCCAUCCCAACAAUACCCUCUAAGUUCACAUAAAAAACAAGCAGAUUAUGAAAAAGAAAUGACAUUAUUGCAUGCCAAAAGCCAUUCCAAAGACGACCAAAAUGAAAGAGAGAAUGCUAAAAUGAGCCCUCUCGCAGGAAGUGCGGCAACAGGCUCCCCUGGCAGACCCAGCCCGACCAACUUCACUCAGACAAGCCAGGCAUGCGAAGGCUUAUUUGACCUCUCUAACAAGUCAUCUUCCACAUCGCUUGGCAAGUACGAUCAACCAGAAGAAAACUUCACAGCUUUCAGACCUGUGAGAAAAAGCACUGAUCAACCCACUCUACUUCAAAGUGCGCAGACGCAGCAAGAUAGAGGAGAUUCACCCACCAGCAUUAACGUCACAGAUGAAGAUCCCCAUGCACAGAACGAAUGCCAUAACAAUGAAGGCUCACUGUCCAACACGGAAGAAGACACAGGGAUAGCUCCCCUUAAUCUUUCAAAAAAGGCUGACACUAACACAGGACCUACUCAUGAGCACACAUACAAAACCACAUCCAAAACAGAAAGUCAGAACUUUCUAGAAUUGCAAGACAUGCCUCUGAACCUCUCGGUAAAAGAUUCCUGUAACACAGUAAGCCUGAAAACAUCAUUCCACAGUCCGUCUCACGAUAAUGGUGCUGCUACUUCUUCAAACACUGAAAACGAAACCUCCGGAGCAGAUGCAUGUAACCCCAAGAACCCUAUUAACAGUGCCUGCGACAAAUCAUCUUUCACAGCUCACCGUAAUGAAGCUCAAGACUUAAGAAUAAUUGACAGCUGUGAUGAACAGAAACAAACAGCGGCUGUAGCUCUCUGUCAGCUAGCUGCAUACAGCCCUGGCAAAGUUAGAAUGGACAACGAAGGGCAGAGUCCUCAGGACAGUAAUGCUUCAUGUACAGAGGCUACUCUUUCUUCUUCUGAUACUCAGGAUACUCAGUGCAAUCAAAAAGUAAAAGGACAAAAAAGGACAAAUCAAAAAGAAUCAGCAAAAUCACAGCAAGGCACUAAAAGAGUUAGGCCAAAUGACUGUAGCAGAGUCUUCACUUUAAGGAAGAGAACAAGAGUAUCUUAAUACUUCACUUUCCGAUGAGUUUCUGGUCACAGAAGCUAGUUACCAGCAACACAGUAAAAUUUCUACGAACCGCCUCUUACUGGGUUCGGUCCAUGAUGAGAUACAUUCAAUCUCUCCCAUGUAAAUAAUGUUCAUAAUUUUAUAUUAAUAUUUUUAAGUAACUGACCUUUCCCUUGUAUAAGCUCAGAUUUUGAUGAGUGAAUUUUUGCAUUCAUUACUAAAGCCAAAGUACAUUAGAUGAAUCUUUAAGGUUUUUUGCAACUGUAUUAAUGUAAAAUAAUUUACAACUUCCUUU